AUGGCAAGACUGGCUGUCAUUCUACUGGCAAUUUUAGCCUCGCUGGUUGCCACCGAGAUGCCCACCGACCAGCACUUUCAGAGCCGCGUCGAGGAAAUGAUGUCGGCAAUGGACUUGGACGCUAUGCUUGGUCAGAUGGCGCAGCUGGAUGUGAGCACGAUUCUGUAUCCGAACCGCACGUUGAACCGAGCUGUGGUUCAUGAACAUGCAAAGCUAAACGUCGGCUCUUACCUGAACACCCCGGGUGCUGAGCUGAACGACUCGAACGCGAACUCCACGCACAACUUUUCUCCUCGAGAGUGGCGCAAUCUGAUCACAGAAAUUCAAGACAUUUACGCCAGUCACGGCAGUCAUCCAGUCAUCUACGGACUCGACUCGGUGCACGGAGCCAACUACGUUCGUGGAGCUGUGCUGUUCGGACAGCAGAUCAACGCCGCUGCAACGUUCAACCCGGAUCUGGCCUACAACAUGGGACGGAUCACCGCUCGCGACACUGGGGCUGCUGGAAUCCCGUGGUUGUUUUCUCCAAUUCUCGAAAUCUCGCAGAAUCCUCUUUGGGCCAGAACAUUUGAGACGUUCGGUGAAGACCCACACCUCGUAUCCGUCAUGGCCGAUGCCAUCGUCCGCGGUAUUCAAAGUAAUGGCACUACAGCGGCGUGUAUGAAGCACAUCAUCGGCUACUCCAAAACUCCAUCGGGACACGACCGCGUCGGUGUCACGAUCUCAGACUUCGAGCUACUCAACCACUUCGCUCCGUCGUUUCUCGCUGCCAUCAAAGCCGGUGCUAUGACGGCAAUGGAGAGCUACAUCUCCAUCAAUGGCGUUCCAGUUGUUGCCAACACGAAGAUCCUGCAAGAUUUAGUACGUCAUGACAUGGGUUUCGAAGGUCUCAUCGUCACGGACUACGCCGAGAUCCACAAUCUUCACGUGUGGCAUCGACUUGCCAGGACAGAUCAAGAUGCAGUUCGCAUGGCACUGACGAACGCUCCGCUGGACAUGAGCAUGGUACCGUACAACACUUCCUUCAUCGACAUGGCUCGCCACACUGUUCAACAGAACCGUGUUCUGCUGGAUCGAAUCAAGGACUCUACUCGACGUAUCCUCACGACCAAGAUGAAGCUCGGCUUGUACGAGAACGCUCUCCCCGGGACUGAAGCCGACAUUGCUCUUGUCGGUCAAAACGAGAGUCAUCAAGCAGCUUUGGAACUCGCGCGUGAGUCGAUUGUUCUUCUCAAAAACGAAGGCAACGUUCUUCCUCUAAGCGCAGACAGUGAUGUGCUCCUCACGGGACACGCAGCCGACAACGUGGGCUUGCUGUGUGGAGGAUGGUCUCUUCGUUGGCAAGGCGUAUCUGGGAACAGACUCUUCCCGAACGGGAUCUCGCUUCGCCAGGGCAUCGCCAACAUGACUUCAGGCUCGGUCCACUACGCCAAUACACUCCACCCCAACGGCUCCUUCUCCUCGGAUGCUCUUCAAAUGAUCAAGACCAGAGCGAGACAAUCAAGCUACACGAUCAUCGCUAUCGGUGAACGAGAGUACGCGGAAAAACCUGGUGAUCUGGAUGACUUGAACUUGCCGCUGGGUCAAAUCGAGUACGUUCGUGAGAUCGCAGCCACUGGUACAAAGGUGAUCUUGGUGCUGGUUCAAGGCCGUCCUCGCUUGCUGCAGGGUCUUGCUGAACUCGCGCAUGCUGUCGUAUACGCGAUGCUACCUGGUGAACUGGGUGGACAAGCACUAGCUGAGAUUCUCUAUGGACGUGUGAAUCCAAGUGGCCGACUUCCAAUCACGUACCCGAAGACACCGGCCACUAUCGGGAUCCCAUAUAACCAUCCAGCAGACACGCGCUGUCGUGAUGAACGCCCCUGCAAGAUGGAGUGGGAAUUCGGACAUGGACUGAGCUACUCAACCUUCCAGUACGGAGCUGUUACGUUGAGCAAGACCACGAUCGCAAACACUGACGAGGCCUCACUCGAGGUGAGUGUGUCAGUCACGAAUGCUGGACCCAUCGCAGGCAAGGAGACGGUGAUGCUGUUCCUCAUUCAACCAUACCGCGAGAUCUCGGUCCCGGAAGUCAAGCAGCUCAAGAAGUUCACCAAGAUUCACUUGCAGCCAGGAGAGACCCAAGACGUCUCGUUCACACUUACUAGUGAAGACUGGGGUAUGUUCGAUCCUCAGAUCGGCUCUGGUUUCCGUCGUAUCGUCGAAGAAGGUGAGUACUUCGCUGCCGUGAAGCCCGAGACGGACUGUAACGUCUACGACAAACACGCAGCGUCUAAAGCCCUGUGCGCACAGUUCACGAUCCAAGACAAGUAGGCAAGCCUAUAGCUCGAUUUGAUCAAGGCGAUCUGUUGAUGAUUCAAAAAAACGCUCGAAUACAACCGCAUGUCGUUGAUUCUAUCC